AUCAGUGCCCUGAUGAUCGGUGCUCAGCAGCGCCACCCACCAGUUGUCCCCAGCAGUGCACCCACCUGUGCCCAGCAGUGCAACCACCUGUGCCCUGCAGUGCCACCCAGCAGUGCCACCUACCUGUGCCCAGAAGUUCCACCUACCUAUGCCCAGCAGUGUCACUCACCUGUGCCCGCCCACCAGUGCCCAUCAAUGCAGCCCAGCAGUACUGCCAGUCAGUGCCACCAGUCAUCAGUGCGACCUAUCAGUGCUGUCUAUCAAUACCCAUCAUCAGUGCCCCCUAUCCGUGCCACCUAUCAGUGCCGCCUAUCAGUGCCACCUAUCCGUGCCACCUCA